GCCAACCCCAGAGCCGGCGAGAGGACGCUGCAGGGCGCGUUAGAGCGUCGCGGCCCGGCCUGGUGUGGGCGAGCCGGCCAUGGAGGACGAGCAGAGCUUCUUAGAUAUUUGUGGCGGCCGCCUGGCCCUGCAGCGCCGCUGUUACUCCCCUUCCUGCCUGGAGUUCUGCCUCAGCUGCCCUCGGAUCACCUUGCGCUCGCUCACCGCUGUCACCUGCACCGUGUGGCUAGCGGCCUACGGACUCUUCACCCUCUGCGAGAACAGCAUGAUCCUCUCUGCUGCCAUCUUCAUCACUCUCUUAGGCCUGCUUGGUUACCUCCAUUUUGUGAAGAUUGAUCACGAGACUCUGUUAAUCAUUGAUUCCCUUGGCAUCCAGAUGACCUCAUCCUACGCCUCAGGCAAAGAAAGCACCACCUUCAUUGAGAUGGGCGAGGUGAAUGAUGUUGUCAUUAAUGAGGCUAUUUACAUGCAGAAGGUGAUUUACUACCUCUGCAUUUUAUUGAAGGAUCCAGUGGAACCACAUGGGAUAUCCCAAGUAGUACCUCUCUUCCAGAGUGCCAAACCCCGGCUGGACUGCUUGAUUGAAGUGUACAGAAGCUGCCAGGACAUCCUGGCACACCAAAAAGCCACAUCAACGAGCCCGUGAGUCCCAGCAUUUAGAAGGCCAGUAUUGUUUUCCAGAGGAGAUGACUCCUAAGCCACAGUGGCUGGUUUAUUUUCUGUAUUUUAAACCAUCAGGUGGGCACAGUCCUAGGAACCAGUAUGGAUGCGGUGGAUCUCAGAGCCAUAGAGCAGAUGCCUGGAAGCCUAACUUAUUGUGUGAUGCUGAGCAAAGUAUUGAUGUGUAUUUUAGUGUUCCCCUUGUAAGGUUUUGUUUACCACCUGAGGGGAGACCUCGAAACAGUAUGUCAGGAGUAUGUUGACCAAGAGCACUUUGUGCAAUUCCUAAGCACGUUCAAGUUUACUUUUUGUUGAAAUAUGUAGAGCAAGACAAUGGGAAACUGACAUCAGAUCUCUUGAGAAAGAUAAUUGUCAACUGCACAGUACCCCUGUAUAAAAGUUAAGAAAAAAAGCAAGCCCUUCAGGGGCUGGUCAGUAGGAAGAAAUGUCCUACAAAGACUCGUCUCUGUCCACCUAGCUCCUGUGUUCUGUACAGGCUUAAUUUAUGAUGAUUCUCUUAAUAAACAGAUCUCCUUCCAAAACAUACACAAUUGCUUGGUUCAGACAGCUGCUUUUUAUUGACAAACACGAUCACGGCAUUUCAGUCACGGGUGUCAAGCACAUUAAUACUCUUGUUACUCAGCAUUGUCUAUGGUUUCAAAAACUUCUUUUGCCAAGAGGGAUGAGAUAAAAGGCCAGACAGAAAUUUGACUUUGGUUUCCAGACAUGUUAAAGAAGGAUAAACAUACAUACUAUAGAAGCCUUUGUUUAUAAGGCAGUUUCUUCUAUAUAAAAUUAAUAAACUAAGGGAGGAUUCCUGAAGGGUUGGGAAGAAGACAGGGCGGGGGAAAUAGCGUGACCCCCAAAUUCAAUAUGAACACAGCUCCAUUCUUGCUUUUUCUUUGGGACUUUUUUUUUUUUUAACUCCUGGCUAGAUGAUAAUUCCUUAUUUGCCUUAGAGACACUCAAGAUAUUGCAAAACUAGAGCUGUAACUUCUGCCUUUUACACCAGCCCUGGAGGGGUUAUUCAGGAGCCUGUGGGACAUGUGACAUGUGACUUGUUCGAGGUAGAAAUGUCUCAGCUAAAUCCCAAAUGCUGGGGGAAAGGCAGGAACAGAAAUGGGAGGCAGCUAUAAAAUUGCCAGCCUGGCAAAGUCAAGUUCAUUUAAAAAAGGCAGACACUCUGAUGUGCUGCUUUUUUCAUCAUGCUUGUCAGCUUAAUGGGUGAGAGAGGGGAAGCUUACAGCAGCUGAGGUGUUCAGAUAAACUAGUUCCAGCCUUGCAGUUUUCACAGUGUGCAACACACACACACUUUGCUGGGGUUAAAGGCUUGGUUCUUGGAUGCUAUUGCUAAACCCAUAUAGUUUGUUCGGCACUUUAUCGAAAGAUGAUAAGACUGCCUUAGAGCUAUGAAAU